AUGUCUCGGGCACAAAUCAAAUCUCAAAGCACCUUUACACUCUCGCCUCCAGUCUCACCAGCCGCACCACCAGUCCCCUCAAACGAUCACCUAGACCGUGUCUCCUACCUCUUCGGCCACCCCAUCUCACACUCUCUAUCCCCCCUACUCCACGACACCAUCUACUCCGCUCUAGAUCUGAACUACGCCCAACAUCUCUACGAGACUCGUUCCCUUACAGCAUGUCUUGCCCUCACCCACUCACCCAAGUUCUUUGGGGCGUCUGUCACCAUGCCACACAAAGUAGCCAUCAUCCCUUUCUUAGACAUGCUUACGCCGGAAGGUGAAGCCAUUGGUGCCGUCAACACGAUCUUUUGGCGCAACCAUCCGGAUGGGAGGAGACUGCUGUGUGGGACUAAUACGGAUUGUAUUGGGAUCCGGGAGGCGAUUUUGCAGAACGUGAGCAAGGAGGCUGUGAGCGAGAUGCGGGGGAGAGGAGGGAUGGUUAUUGGAGGGGGUGGAACGUGCAGGGCUGCUGUGUAUACGCUGAAGACGUAUAUAGGGUGUGAUGAGGUGUAUUUGGUGAAUAGGGAUAGGAGUGAGGUGGAGCAGGUGGUUAAGGAAUGUAAGACUAAGGGAUUUGGGGAUGGUUUGAGGUUUGUGGAGAGUGUAGAGGAAGCAGAGCGGUUGCUGGGCCCGAAAGUGGUUGUCAGUGCAAUUCCAGACAUUCCUCCUAAGAGUGAGGCGGAGAUUCGAACGAGAAAUAUCGUUCAGACGUUGUUGGGGAAGAAGGAGAAGGGGGUUAUCUUAGAGAUGUGCUACCAUCCGUCGCCAGAUACUGCCAUUGCCAGGAUAGCGAGGACAAAUGAGUGGCAAGUCAUUGAGGGAACGGAGGCUAUGAUUUGGCAAGGACUAGAACAAGAGAAAGUGUGGUUAAGAAAGGUAAGUGCAUUACCUGUCGAUAAGGUGAAACAGGUCAUUGCCGCGAAACUGUCAAAGCCAAGUUUAUAG